AAAGCGGCCAAUCGGGUGGCGGGAUUUCACUCUCGUAUCCAGGAAGUGGAAGAUGCGCCUAACGCACGCCCGACUUCAGUCUCUGUCAGUGUAAAUUCUUCAUGAUAAACCACUUGUAACCUAUCACAGACGCGAUGGACUGGUCCGAAGGAGACGGGUGCCACUCCCAUGGUCACAUGGGUGACAGUUGCCAUGGACACGGCGGAGGCCACUCCCACGGUCACGGUCACGGUGGACCUGCGUUUGGCGGUUAUAUGCCCGGCGGCUUCCAUGGCCAGCUGGUCCCGGGACCUCUUGAUCCCACGCAGCAGCCGAGGAAGUCCUCGCACCCGGAGGACAGCACUUCCUGGGAUAUCGUCAAAGCAACACAGUUUGGUGCUCUUGAGCGGUGUAAAGAACUUAUCGAGGCUGGUUACGAUGUCAGGCAGCCCGACAAAGAGAAUGUUACUCUCCUCCAUUGGGCCGCCAUCAAUAAUCGAGCAGAUAUUGUCAAAUAUUACAUAUCUAAAGGAGCCGUCAUAGAUCAGCUAGGCGGUGACCUGAAUUCAACACCACUCCACUGGGCCAUACGACAGGGUCAUUUGUCUAUGGUCAUUCAGCUGAUGCGAUAUGGAGCCGAUCCAUCAUUAGCAGAUGGGGAAGGGUAUCGGGGUCUCCAUCUGGCUGUGCUCUUCCAGCAUAUGCCCAUCGCGGCGUACCUUAUGGCCAAAGGACAGGAAGUGGAUUCGGCUGACAUAAAUGGACAAACUCCACUAAUGCUGGCAGCACAAAAAAUCAUUGGACCCGAGCCCACAAACUUCCUGAUAAAGUGCAACGCUUCGGUGAACGCGGUGGAUAAAGUGAACAGAAACUCUCCCCUGCACUGCGCCGUGUUGGCUGGCAACGUCGAUGCGGUCCACAUCCUGCUGGAGGCUGGAGCCAGCGUCGACCUGGAGAAUGCCAACGGUCACACUCCCAUUGACCUGGCACACCAGGUGCACAGCCCUCUGCUCAUUCACAUGCUCGGUGUGGUGAAGACAGAGCGAAUGAAAGCCAACUCCACCUGUCUCAAACUGCUCAACAGAUACAAGGUCUGUCUGCUGUGUGUGUUCAGCGUUGUUGUGGUCGGAGCCAUCGGUUCCAUAUUAGACAUGAAGACAGAGUCCUGGUUACUGAAGGGUGUGCUGCUGGCCUGCGUCAUAGCUGUGAUCAACCUCACUUCAAGGCAGCUGGCGACCGUGACGGCCCAGUCUUUGAUUCCCUCCACAGCUCUCAUGGCUUCUAUCUUCUGGAUGGUGGUCACCUGGGGCUUGUGGUUUCUGCCUGAUGAUCCAAGCGCUACGGUUCAGAUGCUGUUCACAGUCAACACCACAGCUUUACUGUAUUACUACCUCCGUUCCUGCAGGACAGACCCUGGCAUCGUCAAGGCGACCGAGGAGGAGAAGAAGAAGAAUAUUGUGGUUCUGGCAGAGGCAGGCUGUCUGGAUCCAAGGAUAUUUUGUACUUCUUGUAUGAUGAGGAAGCCAAUGAGAGCCAAUCACUGCUUUUCCUGUAACGCCUGUGUAGCUAAACAGGACCACCACUCCAUCUGGAUCAAUGGCUGCGUAGGGGCCAGAAACCACCCAUACUUUGUGCUCUUCCUGGUUGCUCUGAACAUCCUCUGCAUUUGGAUGUUCUACGGCAGUAUCAUGUACUGGUCCAAACACUGUCCGCCGCACUACGCAGAGGAAGGCGUCUGGGGGGUGGUGACCGCUCUGACGGGCUGCUCUCCCUGGGUGCUCUACAUCUUCUGCUUUGCUUUCCUGAACGCUUCCUGGGCCUCCAUCCUGCUUCUGAUGCAGCUCUAUCAGAUCGCUUUCCUCGGGCUGACGACGGCCGAGAGAGCGAACCUGAUGCACCGACAGAGAAAACUCCCUCAAGCCUUCUCUCUCAGACAAAACCCUUUCAAUCUUGGAGUGGUGAGGAACCUGGUGAACUUCUUCCAGUGGCGCUGCUGCGGUCUCUGCAAGCCGAUGGUGCUGGACUGGACUCAGCAGCAUCCCAUGGGUCUCAGCAGAGACCACCCCAUGUUCAGCGGCCCCGAUGCGGUUUGACUCCCAGCGAUCAGCCACCCACUCAGGGAGUGUUCAGGAGCCACUGGUUUGAUUCGAAUGCCUUUUUAAUGGUGGAAGCGAAGAACAGACUGAAUGCUAAUUUGGAUAAUCAUUUGUUCUAUUUGCAAGAACAGCCGCCUUUUUGUAUUUGAGGGAAAUCUAGCGUAUGCGACGUGCGUUCAAGGUCAGUUUUUUGCCUUACAGCUUACGUUUUACACGAGGAUGAGUACGUGUUUAUAAGCGCGUCAAUAUAUUUUGAACAGAAAUCUUUUGUAAGGUACGGUAAGAUCGUUUUGGUUUUUACUCCCGACUCCUUUUGCAGGAAGCGACCACUAUAUGUAUGCUCUUUGUGAAAAGAUUUGUAAAUCGGAGCAAUUUUAUUUCUACAAAAAUAAGCUAACUGAAAGAUUUUGAGAAUUUGCAUCCCUUGGGUUAAAACGCAUUUGAAACGACUUUGCGCUACGGUCGGAUGCAUCGCAUUUAUAGCAUUAUAAAUGCAAGACGGAUCAUAUAAUUUAAUAUAUUUUAGUAGCUAUUAGUCUCAUGUUACCUUCAGUCAGUAAUGAUCUUUUAUUGAUGCCUUUAAUAACCACUGUGUAGUACGGAUUGCGUCUGCUCGCUCUUUACUGCACUUCUCAGUUCUGUUCGUUACGCUUUAUCACGCAGUAUGUCAUAAUAAGGGAAAAAUGCUGUUCUUGAAUCUUGCUCUGUGCUUUGGAAUAAAUCGGACCACUUUUGUAA